CCUCUCGUUCCUUCUCCGUGCUUGUUCCCUUCAUCAGCUCUCCUUUCUCGGCUUGGCGGGCUGUGUGCUGCUGGGAUUACGUGGUCUUGGCGAGGAGACACGACCUGCGUGAAAUCGCAACUCUCAUUGGAAACUUUUUUUUUCUCUCUCCCUAAAAAAUCUCUGUUUUAUUUUUAUUUGUUUUCUGGCUCCCCGCUGGCACCCUUCAUCUCGGCUCUCUGACGUGCGUCUUUGUGGUGCCCCAUCCGUCCAAACCCGAAAGCCUCUCGGUGCAGGACGCAUGGGCUCAAGUUCAUGAUUUGGCAGGUACCUUGGUGGGCAUGUCCCAGUUACAUGGAACAAAGGAGAGCAAGGCGGACGAAGUACCAUACAUACAGAUCCCUCCUAAGAAAGACUAUUGUCCUCCGUGCUUCGAAUCCUAUCAAGAGACCACUUAGUCAUCCUCGGCCCUCACCACCCUCACUCUUCCACCCACCAUCUAAGACAAAUCAAUCAACAUGGCCGUCAAGGAGUACGAGGAACUCGUCGACGAGUGCUGCUCUUUCUGCUGCAAAGCCGUUGACUUUGGUACCCACGACUACUGCCCUGGCAACGCACAUUGCGCCCGCUGCCCGUAUUGAAGGCGGCAAGGCAUGCUCCUGCAGCACAGGCAGGCCGGCGGCGCCCAAUUGGGCGAGCUGCAUGGGACGCCGCCCUCCUGUGCUUAACAUAUCGCACUACAGUACGCAGUAUGCAGGCCUUCUCCCGCACCUGCUACGUAUUCCGCUCGCCGGUCUACAAAGAACAUGUUUGGGAGAUAGCCGAUCAGUGGCGUUACAUCGUCCUCACUCCUCGUCCCCUGUACCUUGGACCCCUAGUUUGCCCUUGAGGCAUCGUCCUCAAUCGGUUCAUCCGCCUUUGGUUCAUCUUGUGGGAUACUCAGACCCUCGUCUCUCUUCCCUGCGAAAACUGGAAACACGAUACGCAUCGGACAAUUCAGCUUUAUUCUGUUCAGCAAACGGAGACUACCUGGAUCGGCGGUUGAUGAAACGUUUUGUUCACGCUUCUCCUGGCUCGUGGGAGGACCAAACGAUCGGCGUUCCUUCCGUCUGGGUAGCAGCUACCCGGCGACGCAAGGCUGACGGUGGCCUGCACGGUGGACUGAUGCAUUGAUGCGGCGAGGAACUCAGUGGCUGGCGGGAACUUCCGUCAAGUACGACGGAAGGCCAUUCAUACGCCCAAAAGCCAAAGCCUCGUGCAGCGAGCGUCGCUACAGAUCCAGUGCCCGACCGACUUUCGGCUUGGUAUCUCUGUCAUUCCUUUCAACACUGU